UAUUUAGCCAUUCAACAUUCCAUAGUUUGAGUUCAAUUUAACCUACAUCUAAAGUUCGAUUGCGGAUUGUUCUUGGGACUGCUCAAGAUAAAUCACCAUAUACCUUCAUAUACUCAAUAUGCGAUUCCUGUGUUUACAUGGCUCCGGCACGAGCGGGGAAAUUUUUGAAAUCCAAUCCGGCGGCAUAAGCCAGGCUCUGGAAACAAAGGGGCAUCGCUUCACAUAUAUCGAUGGCCGGUUGGACUCUGAACCUGAGCCAGAACUGAAGGGCAUCUUGGAUCCCCCAUUCUACAAGCACUACCCCCGCGAUAUCGCACCCGGCGAAGACCUCGCGCGUGCCAUCGAGUACACCAUGAAUAUCAUUAAGACAAAGGGUCCAUUCGACGCUGUAAUGGGGUUCUCACAAGGCGCCGCUCUUGCAAGUUCUAUGAUUGUCAACCAUGCAAAAACACAUGACGUGCCGCUGUUCAAAGCCGCCGUCUUUAUCUGCGGUGCGGCGCCGUACGAGGCAUCUGGAAAGGAGACUAUUCAGCCGACGCCAGGGGAGUAUCUGGUCAAAAUUCCUACAACCCAUAUCGUCGGUAAGCAGGAUGAGAUUUACGACCUCAGUAUGCAAUUGUAUGGCCUUUGUGAACCCUCGAAGGCGGAAUUUUACGACCACGGAUCGAGGCAUUUGAUCCCCUUCGAUAGCAAGAAUACAGAGGCUAUGAUUGCUGCUAUCGAAAAGACUAUUAAGCGUGCGAGGACAGGGUAGAACUCAAGAAACCCGCUUUGCUUUAUUCGAGAUGCGAAAACGAUACGAACAGG